AUGGAAUCAGCUGCUUCUUUCGUCCUUCUCCUCUCAAUAGUCCUGUGUGCCCAUGGAAGUGGAGCCAGGGAUAUGACAGAAAAACAUUGGACAGAGUCAACAAAUACAAAUCAAGUAAAGAAACAGGUUGAUGAUAAUCACCCUAGCAUUUUGCGGCUUCAUAGCAUGGAUGUUCAUAUCAAGCAUGACAAUAACGUACAUGAUAAGCAAGAUAACGAUGCUCACCGAGGCAUACAUACAGAGCAUGUCCAUGCCUAUCCAUCAUCAAACAUGGAUCAUAUGGACCCUUCGUUAGAAAAAGCUGAUGACAUUCCUUUCUCAUCAAGAGAGCUCACAAACAUUCUUCAACUCUUCUCCUUCUCUCGAGGCUCUCCCCAAGCCGAAGUCAUGGAAGAUUCGCUUCGACAAUGCGAGUUUAAGCCUAUUGAAGGAGAGAUCAAGAUUUGUGCCACUUCCUUAGAAUCAAUGCUUGAUUUUGUGAGUAGUAUUUUAGGAUUGAAGAGCCAAAUCAAAGUUCUAGCCACUACUCACCUCACUUCUAAGUCCAAUACUCUUGUACAGAACUAUACUGUCUUGGCAGCACCCAAAGAAAUAUCAGCUACCAAUUUGGUGGCUUGUCACAGACUGAGUUACCCUUAUGCAGUUUUCCACUGUCAUAGUACAGAAAGUAAGAUUAGGGUAUUCAAGGUUUUACUGGCAGGUGAGGAUGGAGCUAAGGUGUAUGCCGUUGCUGUUUGCCACACGGACACCACUCAAUGGAGCCGGAAUCAUGUGUCCUUUCGUAUGCUCGGCACUGAGCCGGGGCUUCCUGUUUGCCACUUCUUCCAAGCAGAUCAUUUUGUAUGGAUUUCAUCGCCUACUUCUUGA